AUGCCUCCCUCGCUGUCAGUCAUAGGCGUUUUCGAGCGCGUCUUCCAAGAGUUCGUGAAGAUGAGGCCAAUGCUACCCACGUAUCUGCACUUGAUAGCUUCAGCCAUCUUCCCAAUUUACACUGCGGCUCAUGCUUCUCUUCGCAGACCGGUAUCUGCCGCCCCGGUGUCAAAGAAGAGAACCACCAGGAGAACUCGGGUAGAGGAAGACGAUGGUGAAGAGGAGGCGUCUUCGCCGAUCGAAGCGUUAACCACAUCAGACGCCAUCAUGUUUCCGAUCCUCGCUGGAGCUAUGCUGACGAUUCUUUACUUCAUCAUCAAAUGGCUUGAAGAUCCUGCUCUUCUCAACAAGAUUCUUGGCUAUUACUUUAGCUGGGGGAUACUACACGAAGCUGAUACUGAGCGCAACGCAUUCCAUACACGAGGGACACCAGACGCUUCGGCAGAGAAAGCGAACACGAACACAUUGAAGGCUGCCUUCGUUGACUAUAUACUCCUCCCCAUAAGUUCGGCGAAGAUCUACUGGAGAGCACGUCAAUUUCUCCACGACAAAACCACAUGUGUCGCAACCACUCGAAAACCUCUGUCAUCGGGAAGCGCCACAUUCAGAAUCGACAGACUUGAUAUCCUAGCUGCAGCUGCCUCCGCCACAAUCGCAUUACUCACCUUGACACUCAAAAGAACACCAUGGUACCUGACAAACCUUUCUGGCUUCUCCUUCUGCUACGGCACAUUGCAGAUCAUGACACCCGGUACAUCAGCGACUGGGUCACUCCUCCUAUCGCUCCUCUUCUUCUACGAUAUCUACAUGGUCUUCUUCACCCCUAUGAUGGUCACCGUCGCUACGAAACUCGAUGUACCGAUCAAGUUACUUUUCCCACGGCCAGCCGACACAUUCUGUCCAAAACCAAUCGACGCCCUGCCAGGUAGCCAAGAGAUGGAAGAGUACCUCAAAUGUCUGAGUAAGCAGAGGACAAUGGCGAUGUUGGGUCUAGGAGACAUUGUAGUGCCAGGCAUUUUGAUCGCGUUCGCUCUGAGGUUUGAUCUGUACAAUUACUACCUGAAGCUCGUCAACAAAAACAAUCAGAAGAUAGAGAACAUUGAAUCUGAAGAGAAGAACAAUGACAAGAAAGAUGCGCGUCCACUCUAUCAACCAGCUCGAGGAAUGUGGGCUGAGCGAUUCUACACAGCUCGUGGCCUUUGGUCGUCAGCACUCCAAGCAAGGUCGUUCCCGAAACCAUACUUUAAAGCUACCAUGGCUGGCUAUACUGCUGGUCUCAUUGCUACUCUGCUCGUGAUGCAGGUAUACAAGCAUGCUCAACCAGCUUUGUUGUACCUUGUGCCUGGAGUUCUCGCUGGCUUCUGGGGUAUGGCUUUGUGGCGAAGAGAGGUGAAGUUGCUUUGGCAAUAUGACGAGACGGAGGACGAGCAAAAGAAGAAGGAGAAGCAGAGCGAGUCGACAAGCGAAACUGUUAAGAAGGAUGGCAAGAGCGAAAAAGACGUGGCUGCGCGGGAAGAGGACGAAGAGAAGGACGACGCCAGAUCGAGAAGUGACGCUCCUCAACCAGCAUUCUCUUUUGACGUGUACAUGGCUCCAAGAGAAUCGAAAGCACUAGUGGAGAAGGAGGAUUAG